CGUGACCGCAAUCGCCUCCUCUUUCCGACCGCGUUUCCCUUUGGGCGCUAUCUCCUUCCCGCUCCGAGGCAGAGCCCUCCAAAGAGGGUCCCCUUUUUACCUCUCCAAAAAAAGAAGAAGAGGGAGACGCAGGAGCCAUGCCGGGCGGCGGCGACGGGGUGAAGAAGCGCUCCCCGGGGGUCUCCUCGGGGCCGGAGGAGGAGGAGAAGAAGGGCAUGCUGGACCUGGGGGGCCCCGGGGAGCGGGCGGAGGACCCCUGCCCCCCGGAGAACGGCUGCGCGCCCCCCAGAGCCGCCUCCCCGGCGCCCUCCGCCGACGGCGUGGCCCUGAAGCGCAACAUCACGCUGCUCAACGGCGUGGCCAUCAUCGUGGGCACCAUCAUCGGGUCGGGCAUCUUCGUGACGCCCACCGGGGUGCUCAAGGAGGCCGGCUCGCCGGGGCUCUCGCUGGUGGUGUGGGCGGCCUGCGGGGUCUUCUCCAUCGUGGGCGCGCUCUGCUACGCCGAGCUGGGCACCACCAUCUCCAAGUCCGGCGGCGACUACGCCUACAUGCUGGAGGUCUACGGCUCGCUGCCCGCCUUCCUCAAGCUCUGGAUCGAGCUGCUCAUCAUCCGGCCCUCCUCGCAGUACAUCGUGGCCUUCGUCUUCGCCACCUACCUGCUCAAGCCCCUCUUCCCCGCCUGCCCCGUCCCCCUCCCCGCCGCCAAGCUCGUCGCCUGCCUCUGCGUCCUCCUGCUGACAGCUGUCAAUUGCUACAGCGUCAAAGCCGCCACCCGGGUCCAAGACGCUUUUGCGGCCGCCAAACUCCUGGCCUUGACCCUGAUCAUCAUCCUGGGCUUCGUGCAGCUGGGAAUGCACGACGUCUCCAACUUGAACCCCGAGCACUCCUUCGAAGGCACAAACCUCGAAGUCGGGAACAUUGUCCUGGCCUUGUACAGCGGUCUCUUUGCCUACGGAGGCUGGAAUUACUUGAAUUUCGUCACGGAAGAGAUGAUUAAUCCUUACAGAAACCUGCCCCUGGCGAUCAUCAUCUCGCUCCCCAUCGUCACCUUGGUUUACGUGCUGACCAACCUGGCUUACUUCACAACGUUGUCGGUGGACGAGAUGCUGUCGUCCGAAGCCGUUGCCGUGGACUUUGGGAACUACCACUUGGGCGUCAUGUCUUGGAUCAUCCCCGUCUUUGUCGGCUUGUCGUGUUUCGGCUCCGUCAACGGGUCGCUCUUCACGUCAUCCAGGCUCUUCUUUGUGGGCUCCCGCGAGGGACACCUGCCCUCCGUGCUCUCCAUGAUCCACCCCAAGCUCCUCACGCCCGUCCCCUCCCUCAUCUUCACAUGCGUCAUGACCCUCCUGUACGCCUUCUCCAACGACAUCUUCUCCGUCAUCAACUUCUUCAGCUUCUUCAACUGGCUCUGCGUGGCCUUGGCCAUCAUCGGGAUGCUGUGGCUGCGCUACAAGAAGCCGGAGCUGGAGAGGCCCAUCAAGGUGAACCUGCUCCUGCCGGUCUUCUUCAUCCUGGCCUGCAUCUUCCUCAUCGUGGUCUCCUUCUGGAUGACGCCCAAGGAGUGCGGCAUUGGCUUUGCCAUCAUCCUCAGCGGGAUCCCCGUCUACCUGGUCGGCGUUUGGUGGCAGAACAAGCCCAAGUGGCUCCUACACACCAUAUACUCCACGACCGUCUUUUGCCAGAAGAUGAUGGAAGUCGUUCCGCAAGAGUCUUGAAAAACGAAACCACGGGGAACGUUUCCAUGUUCAAGCCAACGCACAACGUCCUUAUUGUCCACGAAACGACACGAAACGUGUAUCCGAUUCCAACGUUUUUUAUUUUCAAAUCAAAGCCGGGGAGGCUUCGGAAAAAAUCGAAC